CUGGAGGGGGGAGAGAGAGAGAGAGAGGAGAGAGAACGAACGAAAGAAAGAAAGAAAGAAAGAAAGAAAGAAAGAGCGGGAGGGAAUAAUUAAAACCACGAAAGAAAACUUUUUGCGCGAGUUUGGGAGAACGAGACGGCAGCAAUUAAUUCUCUUCAUGACUGAAACUCAGAAAUUGGAAUUGGCGACCACUCUCCCUGUUGUAACAUAAAAGAGAAGAAAAUUGGGAUUCUCGGCGACACCGUCAUCGUCGGAUCCGGGAGAGAGGGAGGCCAAGAUGGCGGCGGAUCCAGUCCAGGGUGAUGGCCGAAGUCAUCCAGUCUCUGAGUGUUUGGCUUUGGGCCAGAAUUUGGAUCUGUCGGACACCAUGGUGCAACAGAGGCUGGACGAAAUCAAGGAUUCAAUCAAGCGAGAGAUACGGAAGGAACUUAAAAUUAAGGAAGGAGCAGAGAACCUUAAGAAGGUCACAACUGAUAAGAAAAAUCUAGCCUAUGUGGAAAAUAUGUUAAAAAAGUCAAACAAAAAGCUCGAUGAGCUUCACCAAGAGCUGCAAGAGUUGAAUGCACACAUUGUUGUGAAGGAUCCUGAGCUGGCAGAUUGUCCACGAACCCCAGAUACUCCUAACCCUGAGUCUGCAAAUAAUAGCCGCAUUGCUGCCUUGAAGAAACAAUUGGACAUUGAGCUGAAAGUGAAGUUGGGAGCUGAGAAUAUGAUUCAGAUGUACUCGAAUGGAUCAUCAAAGGAUCGAAAGCUAUUAGCUGCGGCUCAACAAAUGCUUCUGGAUAGUAAGACAAAAAUAGAAGUUAUCAGGAUGCAAAUUCUUAAAUCUACACAGACUAGUGAAACAGCCUUUGAAAAUUCAGAUGGAAUAGCAGCGAAACCUGUGAUAAGCCCCCUGGAGCUUAGGGUUGAAGAGCUCAGGCAUCACUUCAGGAUAGAAUAUGCAGUGGCAGAAGGAGCAAAAAAUGUUAUGCGACUUCUUGGGUCUGGAAAGGUUCCUGACAAGAAAGCACUUUCAGAGGCACAAGCAAGAUUUAAUGAAUCAAGUCAGAAGUUGGAUCUUUUAAAAUACUCAUUGGAGCAAAGAUUGAGCGAGCUUCCAAAAAACCACCCAAAGAGCAGUAUUAUCAAAGAUGAAUUGUCAAUGGUUUCAUCACCAGCCCUCAGUCCCCGUCACAGUGUGAUUUAUCCACAGAAUCAGUACAGCACACUGUCCAAACCUGCUGCAUUAACAGGGAGCCUAGAGGUUAGGCUUAUGGGAUGUCAAGACCUGCUAGAGACAGUUCCUGGUCGAUCAAAAAAUACAUUUGUUCCUUUACCUGGUUGGAGCCCAAAUGAAACCAGAUCCUCCUUUAUAAGUAGAACUAGCAAAAGCAGAAGUGGGAAUAGCCGGUAUCCUGUCAAAACGGAAGAUUUGUCCAAUGAGAUUGGUGCUGUACUGAAGCUGGACAAUACAGUUGUUGGGCAGACUAGUUGGAAACCUGUUUGCAAUCAGUCAUGGGAUCAGAAGUUUACAUUAGAGCUAGAUCGGUCACGUGAACUGGAAAUGUCAGUUUAUUGGCGUGACUGGCGUUCCCUCUGUGCUGUGAAAUUUCUGCGAUUAGAAGACUUCCUAGAUAAUCAGCGGCAUGGAAUGUGUCUAUAUCUAGAGCCACAGGGUACACUCUUUGCAGAGGUCACUUUUUACAAUCCAGUCAUUGAAAGACGACCAAAACUUCAAAGACAGAAGAAGAUUUUCCCAAAACAGCAAGGCAAAACGUUCCUUCGAGCUCCUCAAAUGAAUAUUAAUAUUGCCACAUGGGGGCGAUUGGUGAGGAGAGCUGUUCCUACAGUAAAUAAUUCUGGCACCUUCAGCCCUCCAGCCUCUAUUCCUGCUGCGGUACCAACGGUUUCUCACUCAGAAAGAACAGAUUCAACUAGAGAUCUGCCAGUAACAAAACUAGAAUUUGAACCGGAACCACCACCUGCUCCUCCACGAGCUUCAUCGCUUGGAGAAAAUGGAGGGACCACAACAGAAGUAAGGAUUCCAGACAAUGUACAGGAAGCGCUCUCAACUUUUGAUUUUCUAAAUGAUAGAAACAAUAUUGUUUCUAAGGUAGAGAACAAUAUCAUUUCUGUACCUGAGAUACCCCAUCCAGAACUAGACUUUCGAACACUCCCACAGUCGGAAGAUAAACGAAUGCAGCCAAGAUUUCAGUUCAGUCUUCUUGACUUCAGGUGUGUUGCUGUGCUUGGCAGGGGGCACUUUGGAAAGGUUCUUCUUUCUGAGUACAAAGUCACUGGCGAAAUGUUUGCUAUCAAAGCCUUGAAGAAAGGAGAUAUUGUGGCUCGCGAUGAGGUCGACAGCCUCAUGUGCGAGAAGAGAAUUUUUGAGACUGUGAACAGUGUGAGACAUCCAUUUUUGGUCAAUCUCUUUGCCUGUUUUCAGACCAAAGAUCAUGUAUGUUUUGUAAUGGAAUAUGCUCCUGGUGGGGAUUUGAUGAUGCACAUUCAUGCUGAUGUUUUCUCUGAACCCAGGGCUGUGUUUUAUGCUGCUUGUGUGGUUCUUGGUUUGCAAUAUUUGCACGAACACAAGAUAGUUUAUAGGGAUUUAAAGCUAGAUAACCUGUUGUUGGAUAGUGACGGCUAUGUGAAGAUUGCUGACUUUGGUCUUUGUAAGGAGGGUAUGGGCUUUGGAGACAGAACAAGCACGUUUUGCGGCACCCCUGAAUUUCUUGCUCCAGAAGUAUUGACGGAAACUUCGUACACACGGGCUGUGGACUGGUGGGGACUUGGUGUUCUUAUCUAUGAAAUGUUGGUUGGUGAGUCGCCAUUUCCUGGGGAUGAUGAAGAAGAAGUUUUUGAUAGUAUUGUAAAUGAUGAAGUGCGAUAUCCAAGAUUCUUAUCUACAGAUUCCAUCUCCAUCAUGAGAAAGCUCCUAAGGAGGAACCCAGAACGGCGUUUGGGUGCAAGGGAAAGGGAUGCUGAAGAUGUAAAGGAACAAGCAUUCUUCAGAGCUGUUGAUUGGAUCGCUUUGUUGGCAAAGAAAGUAAAGCCCCCGUUCCAGCCCAUAAUUCAAGAUAGAGAAGAUGUCAGUAACUUUGACGAAGAAUUUACCUCAGAGGCACCGAUUCUUACACCACCACGAGAACCAAGGGUUCUGGUUGAGGAGGAACAGGGAAUGUUCAAGGAGUUUGACUACAUAGCAGAUUGGUGUUAAUGCAACAAGUACAUUUUCAUGGAGUAGAAACUGUGAAUUCAUAGCUGACUGUAGCUCACAGAAAUGCCCUUUGUGGCAAAUAAUGGAUACUUCCAGCCUUUUACUGCAGUCUGUGCCAUCUGUAGUCCUCCAAAUUCAUAUAACUGAAGCUCCCUGAAAGACCAUCAUCACCACAGCGAGAAAUGGCAACUUUGAAUCCUUCACCUCUAGGACCAUUGGGAAAGCUUUUUUUUGUGCUCUAUAUCAUUGAUUUCCUCUGCAAUGCUCAAUCUGGCUGAUGUCAGGGAAUCCCAGUGUAGACUUGCACUGUUCUUUCUUGUAACUGUACUAAAGAAUCUCUUACUAUGAUCUGUUCACUUUAUAACUGGUAAUUGUUGCCUUAAUUAGGAGAGGGUGUCGUAAGAAUCAUUCCUUGGGCUGAAUUGAGAACUACUUUCUUUCUGCCACAUUACCACUUCAGUUUGAGGUGCUAUCAGCUGAUGACACUACAGUAUGGUCUCACCUGGCGUAAGGCAGCUACUGUCUUGACUGCUGAAACAAAAUAAUUACUGUGUGUGGCCAAACAAUGUGCAUUUUAAACAAACUGAUUACCCCGCACAUUAUUUGGUCCCAGAUAAUGAUUUUAAAAGCUAGUUUGAUGCCUUACCUUAAUGUUGUAAAUUUUAAUUGUAUUUAUUAUGUAGAAUUGCAAUAUGCCUUAACAUUGUGAGACAGCACUAAGUGCUUCCAGACAAAUUUCUUUGCAGGUACUGAAAGCCUACCAAAGCCACUUGCCAAACAGCAAUGUCACCUCCACGCUCCUGGAACUGUAUGUAAAAUGGUGGGCACUGGCCUAUUAGCUUCAUGAAGAGAAGAAAGUCUGUAUUUUUUCAUGUUUUGUCUGUAAGUUUUAAGUCUUAAGUGUGAAGAACUAGCCAUGAGUGAGAUCCUCUUCUUUUUCUCACACUUCUGAAGUUUCCAUAACUCAAAUUAUUACUUAUGAUGUAUCAUGAUCAAAGAACACGAAAAAGAUUUUUAAUAGUUUAUAUAUCAUUUAGUCAGUGGAUCAUUUCCUCUUAUCUGCUGUACAUGACAACAGUACUCUCGGCUUCUAAGUUCUUACGGAAAUGUAUACAUUCUGUCGAUGUAAGGUUGAUAUAGUAUUUAGUUUACAUUCACACACAAUUUAUAGUGUUCACAUUUAAUACACAGUGGCCAUGUGAAAAUGUGUUUUUAAAAUAUAGCUGAUCAGUAUGAUUUCUAAUUGUUGGGCCAUCUUAGUGCAUAGAUCAUGCUAUGACUCAGCAACACACUCCGUACUGUUGAUAAUGGUUUGUAUAUUUUAAGUUGAAAGAAACCCCUUUUUGCUAACCACAGCAGGCUCCAUGUCAGAAACUGCACAAAUAAUAGCCAAACAAUUUAAACAUAAGCUACUGUUUCCCUUUCUUCAUUGUUCAUCCUGUCCUUGUUGUCACGAGAACGUGGCAAUAGCAAUAAAUACUGCAAUAUUUGAAACAGCAAAUGUACAUUUUUAUAAAGAACAGUACAUGUAAAUAAGCAGGGUUAAUUAAUGAAAGUUUUAAAUAGUUUUUUUUUUAAAAAGUAGACUGCUAGAGAAGGUCUGUUUCCAAAGUGUAUAGAGAGAAGAGAGACGUUUUUUAAGAGAAAAUUAAAUCACUAAUGUUGUAGAGGGCAGGGUGAAAGUACAGAGAUGAGCUCAAAAGCACUAAUUUUAUCUGACAUUUUUUUUUAAACGAAUGUUUUAGUCCAAUUUCAAAUUAUUGAAUAUUUUACAUUGUACAUGGUAUAUUCAUUAUAAAGUGGCUGCUUAGGCACUUUGUAUGAAAAUAAGAAGGCAUGUUUUGGAAUGGUACACUACUAUGCAUUUAUAUGUGCCCAGCAGAUUCUAUGGUUGAGAAACACUGAAAAGGGUUUUGCAGUCAUUACAUUUAAAUGCACAAAAUUAAAACAUUUUAAGUAGGGUAUGUUUGUUGUAUUGUCCUCCUUUAUGUGUACCUGCAAUACAAUUCCUUUUUUUAAA